AUGGAUCAACUAAACUACAAAGAACAACAAGAGUUCCAGAAGAUUCUAUACACCAACUUGGUUGAUAGAUGUUUCAAUGACUGUGUGAACGAUUUCACUUCCAGUAAGCUUAGCACCAAAGAGGACACUUGUUUGAACAAGUGCGCUGAGAAAUUCCUGAAACACUCCGAGAGAGUUGGAUCCAGAUUCCAGGAACAAAACCAAAUCCUCAUGAACCAAAUGAGAGGCGGCAAAUAG